UAAAUUGAUUGUGAUAUUUUCUGAUUAGAAAAAUGUUUAUCUUCGCUCACAUUUAGAACUUAAAGUUAGGUAAAAAUAGAGGAAAAGGAAAAAUAAAAAGAUAGAGUAUCUGUGUAUUGCUGUGAAUUAAUCAUGUCAUUAAUCAUAAAAUUCAUGGUAUUGUUCUUGUAGACUUUACUAAAAUGACCAUAAAAAUAAAUUGCAAAGCGUGUUGCAAAUGUUACAAGAUAAAGUAGAUUAGUAAAUUAAUUGUAAAUGUUGUAUACAUUGUUGCAGAUAACACACUAUCUCUUAUCUUGUACGAGAACAUCACGAGAUUAAUAUUUUAAGUUUUUUGCGUUUUUAAAUAGAGACAGUCGCCCUCCUAAACUAUCUUAUAAUAAAAUAUUGUUCUUUUGUUUGCUAUAUGGGUAUUAUGAGAAUAUAACAUUAGGGUUUGGACUUAAAUAUAUAGUCGUACACAUAGAAUAUCUUAAGAAAAUCUAGGAUAUUGAAGAAUAGUUAGAAAUAUCGCAACACCACAGCCUUCAAUAAAGUGAAAUCGUGGACGACUUCCCUCUGGUUGGUACUUUGUGUGAAUUGUGAUGUGUGUAGUCGCUUAUAUGUCGAGGUUUUUCAUUGACGCGAAAAAUUAAGAACACAGUGUUCUACUAAAAAAGUGGAUUUUAUGAAAUCCCUAUGAGCCUAUAUUAAGUUAUAGUGUCAAAAUUUAGAGGCUUCAUUAACAGAAUUAAAUAUCAAACCCCGUUUUAAAUGAGUCAGAGUUAUAUCUGGAUGAACCAUUGCAAAAUACAUAGGUGUAGCCAUAGGUAUAACAAUAACAUAAUAUUUGAUCUUGAAUUCGUGAAGUGAAAAUGGAAACGCAAAUAAAAUUUGACAUUGACACUAACUAUCUGUAAUGUCAAUUCAUUACUCAAUACAUUUUUCACGAAAAAAAUAUCCUUACCCAAACACCAGGUUUCGUAACUGAUCGAUUAUUCUUUCAAAGGAUGAAUACAACUAUUUCUUCUUCAUCGUAAAAAUAAGCAGGCUUAGGUUCUGAGUUUCUAGUUGAGAAAUGUUCUCCAUGCAGAAGGAAAUGUAAAAUACAUAAAGGGCUUAGAUGGGGCAAAAAUGCAUGGAUCUCAGCGGGUAAUUAUGUUCUGCCUUCUGACUACAAUUCUACCCACAACUUUGAUAGUGUCAUCACUGUAUCUAAGAAAUAUUAGAUAUGCUGAUGUUAUGUACAAAAUAUCAGAUUCAGAUGUUAUCCAAAUCCAUAAAGGACAAUCUUCAAUUUUCUGUGAAAAACAUUCUUUGAAAAUGAACAACACAUUUAAUGCAUUCCAAAUGAAAGGCAGACCUGAACUAUCUAAUAAGACAAGACAUAUUAAAUUAAGAAAAUCAAUGACAAUGCCAGAUGAUACUUUAGAAUAUUGGGGUUUCUUUCUCUUUGCCGGAGCAACUGUCGAACUGAAAGCCUGCUCCAGAUAUGAAGGUUCAAAAAUAUUAGUAGUAAAAGGUGAAAAAAUACUAAACACUUGUGGCAUAUUAGAUGGUAGUAAAUACAGAAAAGAUCCAUCAUUAAUUGAUAGACAAGGUCAAGUAUCUGUAACCUUGGAAAAUCUCGGAAAAAAGCGAAAUGGCGUACCAUUGUUAGAGAAUACACAACACGAAAAUGCUGUGGAGGAACAAUCAAAUGAACAUGAGAAUUUUGAAGAUGAUUUCGAAAAUAAACUUUCCAUUAAAAGACGAAAAAGAUCAGGAGCAAGUAUGCCAUUACACAAUCCAAAUACUGUUCUAGACACUGGAGUUUAUCAUGGUGGCAAUGCAAAUAAUGCACCAAAUGUAACAGAAGAUGCUUCAGUAUCAAGCUUUGAGAACAAUUUACAUGAGUGUUACAACGAUAAUAUACUCAUGAACAAUUUCUUUCCAUAUUCCAAGGAAUGUAAUAGUACCAACUAUUUAGAAAAUACUACAAUAUUAAAGGUUGACCAUAAAAUACAAUCUGAUGGGUAUUAUUACUAUAUAUUUUAUAGUGACAAUGAUUUGGUGAAUAAUGAUAUUCAUGCAAUAUUUGAUAUUUAUAAACCAACAUUCCAAUAUGCAAACAUGUCAGACUCCAAGGUGUGUCUCAACAGUACUGAAUGUGAGUUUGAUAUAAGUAUUUUUAGUGAUGAGUUAGUAAUAGUAGAAGUUCCCACAACUGAUGGCUUUAAUAAUGAUAAAUCGUUUAUUUUGACUUCUGUAUGUCAUCCUCGAACCUCCGUAUAUAUUAUUUUCCCAGUGUCCGUUUUGUUGUUGAUACUCCUUUUUGCAUUUUUAUGAUAUCUUUUGAAAGUUUGGUCAUAUUCUUUACUGAUUCGGGUGAAUAUUACCAGAAAUGUGAUAUUAAUUUAUUAACAUAAGAUAUUAUUGUUAAGUAGAUAGUUGAAUAGACAUGUUGAUCUAUUUAUUAUUUCAUUGUUAUUCUAAAUAUAUUAUUCUUCUUG